ACCAUUCACACACGUGGAAUUUCUGUCCAAUCAGAAAACAUGUCGUGUACUUCCGGAUUUUGGUGUUUGAUGACGACACAGCUGUCAAACUGUUGAGUGUAGUUAUUUAAAACAUUCGUGACGUUAUAGUUGCCCAGACAAGUAUAGAAACACAGAUAAAAAUGAACUGCGAUCAACUUUUCUAUCUAUCAGCUAUAUGCUGCAUCAUGGCGCUAGAUUCUUAUCUAGUGCUUGGAGCAAAGAAAGAUUUUUAUGAAAUUUUGGGAGUGAAGAGAAAUGCGAAGGAAAAAGAAAUUAAACGUGCCUUCAGAAAACUUGCUGUUAAAUAUCAUCCUGACAAAAACAAAGACCCAGAUGCAGAGAAACAGUUUGUUGAAAUUGCAAAAGCAUACGAAGUAUUGUCGGAUCCAGAAAAGAGGCGAAGGUAUGACCAGUUCGGAGAUGAUGGUGAACAAAAUGGUGGAGGAGGGGGUGGAGGAGGGUUUAACUUCAACUUUGAUGAUUUCUUUAAAGGAUUUGAUGAAGCAUUUAGAUCACAUAAAACACAUCAUGAUCAUUCACAUCACCAGGCACACCAAAAUGGAUUUAAAUUCCACUUUGGUGGAGGAAAUGACGGACAACAUGCUCAGUUUUUUAAUUUCGAUGACUUAUUUGAAGACGACGAUGAUAAUGGUGAUUUCUUUAAUUUUGAUCCAUUUUCAAACUUAGACUUGAAUUUUGGAUUUGGUGAUGAUAACGAAGAUGAUGAUUUUUUUGGACAUCAGGUGCAUAAUCACUAUGAUCGUGAACAUAAUAGUCACCAUGCUCAACAUAUGCACAAUCAUGCAAGACAUAUGAAUGGCUUCGGUGGACACCAUCAUAUGAAUAUGCAAAAUGUAAAAGUUAAUACUCAAAAUGGCAGAACUUGUAGAACUGUUACACAACGUAUAGGAAAUACAGUAACCACGCACACUGAAUGCACAUGAUUGAUGACCGUCUAGUGCCAUGGGAACUGUCAGUGGAUUAUAAUGAGCCAUAUUUUCCAUAAAGAUGGUUGUGGCAGAGUGAGAUAGGGUUCUCACAUUAAACCUAACCAUUAAAGAAUUGGUUCAUUGUCAGGACUACAUAACCGUUAACGUAAUCACAUCUUUUUAGGGGGUGAAAGUGUUGCUUAUUAAAUAAAAGAUUCAAGGGAAUUCCUCAUUAAAUAUUACAGAAUUAAGGAUACAUGUGUGUCAGAUUUUAAGUUUAGCAUUUAAUCUGCAGGAGUGAGGAAAGUCGGGAUCAAAAGGAUUGAGGAAGUCAUGGUGAAAACUGGCAGCUUGAUUGUAUCGUUUUCUUUAUCUGAAUGUUCGUAACGUGUGUAAAAUUUCGUAUGUGAAUUGUGAUUCAUAUCAGAUAUAUCCACAAAAAUUACAAGACGAAAGGAAGACGAUAAAUAAUAAGGAACUUGGACAAAACUACUUUUGCAAGGCGUUUUUAAUCUUAGUUUAACUUUUCCAUUAUACUAUCGUAUUAAUAAUUAGAAAUACAUUUCAUUUUGUUACAUGGCUGUCCCACUUGUUUAGAGGAGCGUUUUUAUAAUGUACAGUAAAUGUUUGGGUCUCAAAACAAGCUCUCUUUAGGCACAUUAUAUUGAAAUAUUGCGAGAAGAUACAGACAAAAAUUCUUGGAAUUAAACAAUCAUAAAAUAAUAUUUUACCAAAUGAAAUGUUGAUUUCUUGAUGGUUCUGAAUAGUUAACUUUUUUGACACUGUGACUCUAAUAAGUCUUAAUUCACUGGAUUCUUUCUGAACUAUGAAAAAUCAAAGAGGCUAUUCUACAAUAUUUAAUAUGUAAAUCAAAAGUUACAGUAGAUAUAAGACUAUAAAGAGAAACAAACUGGCAGUUAAUGUAUGGUUACACAGAAGUAACGAUGCUUCAAUUAAGUAACAUAAUUUUGGCCACUACCAUAUGCAAAAAUUUAGUUAAACAUCAGGAAGUGUUGUGUAAAUCUGGUAUAAAAGGUUAAAGACCCUUCAAAAUGGUUGACAGAUAGUUAAAUACGGAAGUUGGGAUACAAAAAAUAAAAUAAUUUCCCAGAAGCACAGAGCACCCCAAACACAACCAAAGGUGCUUAUUUAUUCAUUAUAAGAUAGAACUUUUUUAUUCUCUGGACCUGAUCGAAAAUUGUGUUUAACCAAAACAAGAAGUGUAAAGAUUUUGAUGCAAAAUUAAACAGUCUGUAAGUUUUUCAUCCUCUUGUGAGAUAAUAAGUUGUUCUUCUGAUUAAUGUUGUUUUACUGUUUGGUCCACCUAAUCCAUAUCAUGUUUUUUGUUUGUUUGUUUUUUGGCCAAAAUUGUAUUUUUCUCAUUGUAGAAAUUGGGCAAAAUCACUAUUUCCAAAAAGGAACUAAAAGUUGUACAUUUUUUGUACUUGGAAUGUUGUUUUUAUACUAACUAAGAUGUCCUGAAUUUCUUUUACAAUCCAUUCACAAACAAUAUCACUGUUGAUCUUUUAGAAAUUUUAGGCAUCAAAAAAUAGCUAAAAUUUACAAUGGAAAAUUCUGCAUCAAAAUCAUUUCUAAACAAUGAGAGGAAAACUAAUCAAGAUAUUUUGAAGUUUUAAAAUGUUCCUAUUACCACCCUUGCAGUUCGUUGGAAAGAUGUAUAAUCUCAUUUCAGUUGUCUGAUUUUUAAAGAGAAAUAAAGAAAAAAGCUUGUUCCAAAUAAGAUGGAUCAAACAUUUUGUAAAAUCCAUUUCAUGAAAAGCAUAAUAUACGUAUUGUUAUGUUGUCUGUUGAUGUAAACCUUCAGCCUGCUAGUGGCAAGUAAUUCUGCAUGUGCGACCAGUGCAGACCAAGAUCAGCCUGCACAUCCAUGCAGUCUGAUCGUGGUCUGCACUGUUUGCUAUUCAGUCAGUAAAUUUUCAGUGAACACCUCUUCAAAUAAUAAAUGGUACUAGUCCAGUGCCUAAAUCCGGACACUUUUGGUGGAUUUUUGACAGUAACUUUGCAUUAUGAAACCACACGUGCAUAAAAUUUUAACUGUAUAAUGUUAGGUUCUUUAUAAAUCUCUUUGCAAAACAACAAAACCGUAUAUUGCUGAUUUCAUCAUAAAAAUGUCAUCCGAAUUGGGCAAGUAAAAGCUGUCAAAAUUGACCUCCAGAGUGCUUAAAUAUUCGGACACUAUUUGGGUAUAAAAUACAACGAAUAUGUGCACCCAAAAUAACAAUAAACACGCCGUUUAAAAUAAAGCAGUCAAAUACAGUCCUGUAAAAUAUAUACAAAUAUCUCCGUCCGAAUAAAAU